GUUUUUUUCUUGUAAAAGUUUAGGGAUCUGAAUUUAUCUGUUUCGAUUUGCUUUAUUCUGGAAAUGUUGUGAGCUGAAUUUGAUUUUCUGCGAGUAUUUGCUUGCAUUUUAGUUUUUUCUGGGAUUAAUUUUGCGAUUUAAUUGAGUUUAGUUGCUUGUUUAUGACUGAUUUCCUAUUUGGGUGGUACCUUUUUUUGCUUUUUCUAUAUGGUGGUGUUAUUAGACUGAGAGCAUUUUAAGAUGUUGAAUUUGAUUUUUUUAUUAUGCUAGUGAUUUGAAAGUUAGGGUUUGGUAGAGAAAGUAUUAAUCAAAGUUAAAAAAUUGAAUAGUAGGUGGUUUAUCUGUGGAAAAUCUUUUCAUAACCUACAUUUUUUUAAUAAUUUAAAUUCGUGAAAUUUUUUUUGAAGUAGUUUUGAAAUGGGAAUGAGUUCAAACCCUAGGAAGUAUUUUUCAAAUGUUUUUUGAGGAUUAAGCAGUAUUAAAAAGAACUACUACUUCUUUAAUGUUAAAGGCUUAUAGUUGGAAACAAUUGCCAACUUUACUUAUGAAUUUUUUAAGUUACAAUUAUUUUGGGACAAUUUUUUUGAGUUAAACGACAGGUAAAAUGGGAGAGAGGGAGGGGAGUGUGUAUGCAUAGGAGAGUUCUAAGCAAGGAUGUCUUUCGCAUUAGAAUAAUAUGAUGGGACGAAGGGAUGGAUGGAUUGGGAUAGAGAAAAAUCUUCUCUCUUUGAGAAGAGAAAUGGUGGACUAUGACUUGGGAUCAAUAUAUUUAGGAGAAUACUGAUGGAGGAGGACAUUGACCUCUCUUUUUUUUUUAAAAAAAAAUUGUUGUUUCUUUUCCAAUUAUGUAUUGCAUUGUAGUGCAGAAGUUUGAAUUCAGACAUUUAUUUAUGAAUUGUGCAUUUGCUUUUGAUUUGGAAACUGACAAAAUUUACAUUUCAGAGGAAGCCAAUUAGAUUAUAUCUGUUAGUUUAGCAUUGUGCAAAAGGUAAGAAUUGACUUGACACCGACUUUAUGGAGAAAAUUGACUUGUACAGCAAUCGCCGUGCAGUGCAGAAGGUGGUUAGUAUCUCAAACUAACCUAUGUUCUGCACACACUUUCUUUCUCCGCUUAGGAUAUAAUAUAUCUUUCUUUUCAAAAAUGGUAAAUGGUUUGUGACUUCAGUUGGAUGCAUUUCAAUGUUUUAUCUUCUCACCUUUCCUGUGGUCAAGUAUACGUUUGUGUUAGAAACUUAGACCAAUAAGCUAUUCAAGUCACUUGGCAUCGGUUGCUUUAGUAGUAUGUAUGGACUUCUAUAUUUCUAUGGAAUGCCUUUGUUCAAUUUGUCGAGUAUCUGCUUUCUAAAAAAAAUUAAAGCUGGACAAAGCCCUUUAAGUUGCAGUCAACUGAUAUAUUCAUGAAGAUGCUGUUAUUGUUUCCUUUUUUGACUGAUUGACUUCCUAUUUGUUUUUCUUUGCUAGGUUUUGCAUUUUCUUCAAUAUGAUGUAGCUUCCCGGAAAUUUAUCACAGAUGGUUUUUACUAUUAGUAUUUAGCCUUUUUUUGGUACUUGUAAAUAGAUAGUUAUAUCUGUAGAUAAAAUGGAACCAAAGGGGGUUGGAUUUUUAGAUAGUGGUCGUAGGACUGUGGUUGGAGAAAAGAGUAAAGUGGCUUCUCAGAAUUUGGCACAUCUGCUUAGAGCCAGCAGUGAGAAAAUAUCAAUUCAAUCCAACUGUGAUAGCAAGCUUGAGAAGAGGAAAAGGAUCGUUCACUGCGAGUCUAAUAGUCAAUCACAUCUCAGGAUAUCUGUACACAAGAACUACCUGAACUUUAAGAGAAGCAGACUGCCGCAACGUGUACUGUUUUAUCAGAACGGUGAAUGGACCGACUUCCCUCAAGAUAUUAUUCCUAUAGUUAAAGAAGAUUUUCGGGCGAAAAAGACUGUUAUUGAGGUGAAAGUUUGUGACUUUCAUAUAAUUCUUGAUAUUCUACAUAUGGUUCAAAUAGAUGUAAUAAAUGGUUUACAGAAACCUAUUGCCUGGAUAGAUGAAGUAGGUAGGUGUUUCUUCCCUGAGUCUUAUCUUAUCAGUAGUGAAAUGCUUGGGAAUUUUGAAACCCUGUCAAAGAGAACUGAAGAGUUUAUGACAACUGAGCCAGAUAGGAUAACUGAUAUGAAGUUGCAAGUCGACAUUGACUUAAAUGGACUGGAUAAUCGCAAUUUGGAAGAAGAUCUGGAAGAGUCAAAUAUUGGUUACAAGAGGAAUAAAGUAUGUCCUCUUAAAGACAGUCAAGAAGUUGCUGAUUAUAAAAAAUCAGAUGCAAAAAUGGAACAAGUUGCAGAAAAUAAACAGAACCAAGAAACACCGUCUCCUGACUUUGUAGCUAGCCUGAAAUUGGUGAAUGCAGAAUCUGUCAAAAAUAUGUUUAUUAUGGGAAUGAAUGUUAUCCCUAACAAGUGUGAGAUCAAAAUUACCAAAUGCUCUAGUAAUUAUUUGACAACUCGCUUAGAACUCUUUGAGAAGCAGGUUGAAAUAACGCAAAAAUAUCGUGGAAACUCAAAUGUUCGAUAUGCAUGGCUUGCCGCUUCUAAAGAUUUGAUAUCUACAAUUAUGAAGUACGGCCUUGCACCUGGAGGAUCUAAGUAUAGGCCUAAAUUUGGAGUUGGUGUUCACCUUAGUGCUCUCCAUUGUGCCUCCAAAAGUGCUAUUAAUUGCGAUGCUGAUGAAAAUGGCGUACAUUACAUGGUUUUUGCUCGUGUGAUUUUGGGUAAUAUGGAACCUUUGCACUGCGGAUCUGAACAAUGGCAUCCCAGUGAUGAAAAAUAUGAUAGUGGAGUUGAUGAUCUCGAGAAUCCUACUCAUUAUGUUGUUUGGAAUAUGAAUUUGAACACACAUAUAUACCCAGUGUGUGUUGUGAGCUUCAGAAUUCCUCCAGGAGCUGAAGGACCUCGCGUUGGAAAUGAUAGUCGGAUUGAUGUCUCAGGUGUCAAUACUUGUCCUCGGGGCCAUGUGGAACAGGGAAGUCCCCGUUUUCAAAUAUCACUGGUUAAAUUGGCCCUGGAAGAGGCUGCGAGGAUUCCAAAGUCCAGUGGGGUGCCAUUCUCCUUGUUGAUUGAUGCAAUCUCCAAUGUAGUAAAUGCCGAGAAAAUGAACCAUGUUACUAGAAGUUAUGAGUUGCUUGGGUUCAAGAAGAUAUGUAGGGAUGAAUUUGAGAAACGGUUGGUUGCAAUCGUAGGCAAUACUCUGUUGAAGUCCACAACGAAAAGUUUGCUGAGCAAGAUACAAUCAAAACCCAUUGAAAUGGUUCAGCCAAAGCAAGAGCCACAAAGUGCUGACUUCAAAGGAAAUACUGCCCUAUUCCAUUCGCUAGAGCCACAGACCGAGUAACUGUGUUUAUGUGGAACACCUUCUCUCUGUUGUAGUGAGAUCGUUUAGAUGGUUGGAUUUCCUUUCCUACUGUAAUGUGAUAGUAAAAGCAUCUGUUCUUUUGUCCUAGAAUAUGGAUUCGUGAAGUAGUUUCUUUUAUUUGAACUGGUUAAAAACAGUUUAGUUUCAGCUACUCUUUGAAGUGAAUGCUUAUAAAGUUUGUCUUUUGAAGUUUAUAUUUCA